AUGUCUCCCCGGCCUUGCCUGUCUCCCCCGUCUCUUCCCCAUGUCUCCCCGGUCUUGCCUGUCUCCCCCGUCUCUUCCCCAUGUCUCCCCGGCCUUGCCUGUCUCCCCCGUCUCUUCCCCAUGUCUCCCCGGCCUUGCCUGUCUCCCCCGUCUCUUACCCAUGUCUCCCCGGUCUUGCCUGUCUCCCCCGUCUGUUCCCCAUGUCUCCCCGGCCUUGCCUGUCUCCUCCGUCUCUUCCCCAUGUCUCCCCGGCCUUGCCUGACUCCCCCGUCUGUUCCCCAUGUCUCCCCGGCCUUGCCUGUCUCCCCCGUCUGUUCCCCAUGUCUCCCCGGUCUUGCCUGUCUCCCCCGUCUCUUCCCCAUGUCUCCCCGGCCUUGCCUGACUCCCCCGUCUCUUCCCCAUGUCUCCCCGGCCUUGCCUGACUCCCCCGUCUGUUCCCCAUGUCUCCCCGGCCUUGCCUGUCUCCCCGGCCUUGCCUGUCUCCCCCGUCUCUUCCCCAUGUCUCCCCGGUCUUGCCUGACUCCCCCGUCUCUUCCCCAUGUCUCCCCGGUCUUGCCUGACUCCCCCGUCUCUUCCCCAUGUCUCCCCGGUCUUGCCUGUCUCCCCCGUCUCUUCCCCAUGUCUCCCCGGUCUUGCCUGACUCCCCCGUCUCUUCCCCAUGUCUCCCCGGCCUUGCCUGUCUCCCCCGUCUCUUCCCCAUGUCUCCCCGGCCUUGCCUGUCUCCUCCGUCUCUUCCCCAUGUCUCCCCGGCCUUGCCUGACUCCCCCGUCUCUUCCCCAUGUCUCCCCGGCCUUGCCUGUCUCCCCCGUCUCUUCCCCAUGUCUCCCCGGCCUUGCCUGUCUCCUCCGUCUCUUCCCCAUGUCUCCCCGGCCUUGCCUGUCUCCCCCGUCUGUUCCCCAUGUCUCCCCGGCCUUGCCUGUCUCCCCCGUCUCUUCCCCAUGUCUCCCCGGCCUUGCCUGUCUCCUCCGUCUCUUCCCCGUGUCUCCCCGGUCUUGCCUGUCUCCCCCGUCUCUUCCCCAUGUCUCCCCGGCCUUGCCUGUCUCCCCCGUCUCUUACCCAUGUCUCCCCGGUCUUGCCUGA